AUUGUUUUAUUUUGACGACAAAUGAUUGAAAGAUAAUCAGUUGAAAGAAUACUCAAUUAAUGCGGCAUGUAAUCUUCAGUCUGCAAAUAUGAUUCCUCGGGACGGAAAGUGUUCCUUAAAACCGCGACGUACGAUCGACUGAGAGGCUACAACAUGAGGAAGCGUGUAGAGGUGCCAAGCAAACGGAGCCUCACAAAAUUGCCGCGCUUGGGGCUGCCGCAGAAGCCGUACGGAUUCUGCUGCGAGGAGAAGGAUCAGGAUCCCGAGAAGCGCUACGACAUGCGGAACCCGCCGUUCACGUCGUCCUUGACGGACGUCGUCCUGGGCGCCGGCGGACCAGGCGUGAAGUUCCGCGUGCAGGACAUCGGUCCGCCGCCGUAUCCCAUCCAACGCAGAAUUCUCGAGGCCAAGGGCAGAGCUUAUCUGGGACGGUGCAAACGAUGCCGGGGUCCUCUGCGGUGGUACCUGGAGGACGAAAUCGCGCUCGCGCGCGAUUUCCUCGCCAAGGAGAGACGGGACAAUUAUAAUGCAACCGUCAAAAGGAAUCUGAUGAUUGCCAAACGAAAGGAAAACGCAGCAGUACUAAAAAACGGAAUUUGAAGAUUACUUCUGAAAUUACACAAGAUAAUCAGCAGUUCGAGAAAUAAUAUAUAAAAAAAUAUGGUCUUGAAGAAAUCUAUUCGUAUCUAUGUAUCACAGUACCGUAACAAGGAUUAAAAUAAAUAUGAAUAAAAUAAUUUUUUUAUAAUAAA